ACGUUUCAGUGGGGCAAAAGCCUUCAGCAGCUGCAGCAUCGGGGACUUUGAAACCUUCCUGAAGCAGAACAGGGAUUGCCCUUUCAUCAGGCACGCUCUGCGUCAGCCUUCCUACCGCGCGGCCGUCUGCGGCAACAGCGUGGUGGAGCCCGGCGAGCAGUGCGACUGCGGGGCGGCGGCGGCAUGCUUGAAGGAUAAAUGCUGUACUAAAACAUGUCAGUUUAAGCCAAGAGUGAAAUGUUCCUCUGGGUUGUGUUGUAAUGACUGUCAGUUCAAGCAGAAAAACGCGCAGUGCCGCCCCGCCGCCGAUGCGCAGUGUGACCUGGCCGAGUUCUGCAACGGGUCCUCCGCCUCCUGCCCCCCCGACCUGGACGUGCAGGACGGGCACGGCUGGGACCGCCCCUGCCAGUCGCCGGACCUGCAGUGCCGGCGGCUCUACGGGAGAGGUUCAAAAAGUGCUCCUGUGGCUUGUUAUGAGGAACUCAACAGUCAGCGGGACAGAUUUGGACACUGUGGGUUCCAGCCCAGGCAAGGCUAUAAGUCCUGUGCUUGGAGGAAUCUCAGAUGUGGAAAGCUAAUCUGCACAUACCCGUACAGCACUCCAUUUCCAUCAGACGCCGCUGCUGUUCUUUACGUCCAAGUGCGUGAGCAUUUAUGUGUAUCUUUGGACUAUUUGAAUGCACCACCAAGGCUGGAUCCUCUUCUGGUUCCGCCAGGUACAAAGUGUGGUUCUGGAAAGGUGUGCAUAAACAACACUUGUCACCCACACUCGGUCCUGGGAUACGACUGUGACAGCAAAGUGAAGUGCCACGGCCACGGCGUGUGCAAUAACAGGCGACGUUGCCACUGCCACCCUGGCUGGAAGCCCCCCGACUGCCGACGGAAGGGAUCCCACUCGGGGGGG